AUGACCAAUAAUGGUCACGGGAUGAGCUAUUUCUCCGUCAUUGUCAUUGGACCUGCCGAUGUUGUUCCUGAGGCUCAAUGGGUAGGUGCGGUUGAUCGUGCGAUCACCGUAGCAGUCGCCGAUUACCAAAAUAAUAAUUUUGCGUCCCUCCACCUUCCUCUCCUCCUACUCUUCACCACUCCCCUCGCCUCCGCUCCUCCCCCUCCUUCUCCCGCACUGCUCUCGGUGGUCUGCGUCGCGCACCUGCUUCGUCGUGCGAGUUUCGUCUCCGAGUCUCUGCCGGGCACUCCUUCCUCCCGCACCGUGACUACGAUCGAGACUCAGGUCCCCCUCUCGUCUCUCCAUUUCUCCUACUCUCCCGACCUCGACCGACCUCGUCGUUCAGUUCGCUCCGCUUUUUUCCCUCUUCGUUCCAAGGGAUCGACCUUCCGAACAACCACGUCCGGACUUUUUGCCGACCCUCACGUCCCUCCUCGCAGCACGUUUCUCGGCCCUCCAAAAAGCCCCUCCGGUUUUCAAGAGCGUGUCUGA